CACCUAUAGCUGCAACCGCGUGGAAGGCCUGCUGGCUCCGGCUGAGAUCCGGCCGGCACUUUUCUUGCCCUUAAAACCUAAGGUUGCUCUGCCCUCUUGUGUGGAGCUGCGAUCUGUAAGGCGUUGGGAGCUGCAGGCGGGACUCGGGGGGCCCAGGAACCAGAAAUGGACACAGUGGCCUUUGAGGAUGUUAACGUGGAGUUCACCAUGGAGGAGUGGGCUUUCCUGGAUCCAAACCAGAAAAAACUCUACACAGAUGUGAUGCAGGAAACCUUCUGGAACCUGGCAUCAGUAGCAUGUACUUUGGAAGAAAAAUGUGAAGACCAUGACAGUGAAGAUCAGUAUGAAAAUCAUGGGAUGAGUCUUAGCAGUCAUAUGGUAGAGAGACCCUGUAAAAGGAAGGAUGGUAGUCAAUGCAGAGAAAACUUCAGCCAGAUUCCAAAUCAUAAUGAAAAGAAGGAAACUCCUACUGAGAUAAAACAACUUAAAUCCAAGUUGUGUAGGCAAAUCUUCAUGGGUUAUUUAUCCUUGAAUAAACACCUGAGCUCUCACAUUGGACCCAAACUAUACCUGUGUCAGGAAUAUGAAGAAAACGAUUAUAAAUGUAAGGAACCUGAGAAAGCUUUCAAGCAUCACCAACAUAUUCAAAGCCAUGAAGGCAGCCCCAGUGGGAAAGCUUUCCACCAUUCAGCUUCCCUUAGAAAUCAUGAAAGAACACAUAUUGGUGGGAAACUGUAUGAGUGUAAGCAAUGUGGGAAAGGCUUUAGUCAUCUCAGUUACUUUAAACUUCACAAAAACACUCAUAGUGGCGAGAAACAAUAUCAAAGUAAGCAACGUGGCAAAGCUUUCAGUUCUCCCAAGUACUCUGGAGAAAAUGAAAGAACACAUACUGCAGAAAAGCCCUAUCAAUGUAAGAAAUCUGGCAAAGCUUCCAGUUCCACUUCUCUUAGAAAUCAUGAAAGAACACAUACCGGCAAGAAACCUUACGAAUGUAAGCAAUGUGGGAAAGUCUUCAGUUUGCUCAGUUCUCUUAGAAAUCAUAAAAGAAGUCAUGAAGAAAAGAAGCCUCAUGAAUGUAAGGAAUGUGGUAAAGCAUUCCGUCAUUGCUGUUCCCUUCGAAAGCAUGAAAUAACUCAUACUGGGGAAAAACCCUAUGAAUGUAAGCUUUGUGAAAAAGUUUUCUCUUCUUCAGUUGCCCGUCGACGUCAUGAAAGAACUCAUACUGGGGUAAAAUGCUAUGAAUGUAAGCAUUGUGGUAAAGGUUUCUAUUAUCAAUCUUCUCUCCUAGAUCAUGAAAGAACUCAUACUAGGGAAAAACCCUAUGAAUGUAAGCUUUGUGGUAAACUUUUCUCUCAUUCAACUUCCCUCCAAUAUCAUAAAAGAACUCAUACUGGGGAAAAACCCUAUGAAUGUAAGCAAUGUGGGAAAGCCUUCAGUUCUCCUAGCUCUCUUGGGAAACAUAAAAAAAGUCAUAAUGGAAAGAAGCCUUAUGAAUGUAAGGAAUGUGGUAAAACAUUUCAUCAUCACUAUUCCCUUAGAAAUCAUGAAAGAACUCAUACUGGGAUAAAGCCCUAUGAAUGUAAGCAAUGUGGGAAAGUCUUCACUUGGCUCAGCUCUCUUGGAAAACAUAAAAGAAGUCAUGACGGGAAGAAGCCUCAUGAAUGUAAGGAAUGUGGCAAAACUUUCCUUUAUCCUGCUUUCCUUAGAAUUCAUGAAAGAGUGCAUACUGGGGAAAAACCCUAUGAAUGUAGCCAUUGUGGUAAAGCUUUCUCUUAUCCAACUUCCCUCCGAUGUCAUGAAAGAACUCAUGAUAAGGAAAAACCCUAUGAAUGUAAGCUGUGAGGGAAAGCCUUUAUUCAUCCCAGUUCCCUUCAAAAUCACAAAAACUCUUAGUAGUGGAAAGAAAUAAUAAGGAAUGAAAGAACUCACACUGAAAAUAAGCUCUGUCAUGUAAAGAUUGUAGAAAAGCCUUUGACCAUCCUAGUUUUGUUUUUUAAUACACACCUGAGAAUAUUUUUCCAUUGAGAUAUUGGAAGUCAGAGAGAAAGACAGAGAGCAAUAUUGAUGUGAGAGAAGCACAUCAAUUGGUUGCCUACUGCAUGCGACCAGACAUGAAAACACACACAUUGGAGAAAAGCUCUAUAAAUGUAAGGAAUGUGGUAAAGCUUUCAGUUUCUGCAAGUCUCUUAGAAAGCAUGGAAGAACACAUACUAGGGAAAAACCUUAAGAAUGGAAGCAAUGUGCGAAAACCUUCCAUUGGAUGUCACAUGUUUGAAGACAUAGAAGAAUUCAUAAUGGAAAGAAGCCUCAUAAAUAAGGAAUGAAGUAAACCUUUUUGUUAUCCUUUCUCUUAAAUAUCAUGAAAUGUAUACCGGGAAGAAACCCUAUGAAUGCAAAAAAUGUGGGAUAACCUACAGUCAUCUCAGAUCCUUUCAAAUUCACAAAAAUUCUCAUAGUGGAGAGAAACCAUAGCCAUGUAAGGAAUGUCGUAAAGCCUUCAGGAUCCAACUAGUUUUUACAGACAUGUAAAAACAAAAAUGUAUUGAUAAACACUGUUAAUGUAAAGAAUAGCAAAGAGCCUUCAUUUAUCUCAGCUCUGCCAUCAUGUAUGAUUAUCCAUAUUAGGGAUGGACCCUAGAAAUGUAAGAGUUUUAGAAAGCAUUCAUUUCUUCCAUUUUAUUGUAAAGGAUAACAGAACCCACUGAAGAGAAGGCUGUCAUGUAAAGAUUGUAGAAGAGCCUUUGGCCAUCCUAGUUCUUUACAAAAUCAUGGAGGGACUCACACCCAAGAGUAAGUAUAUAAACAUAAGCAAUGCGGGAGAGCCUUUCUUGGACAUGUGAGAACGCACCUGGAGAAAUAGUGAAUACAUAUAGAGAAGGUGGGGAAGCCUUCAGCUGUCCCUUUUCCUUGGAAAGGUCAUAAAAAAACUCAAAAGUGUAAAAAUGUAUUGAAUGUAAAAAUGUAGGAAAACCUUCAUGUUGCCUCAUAUACCUACAAUACCAUGUGAGAAUGUACACUGUAUAAUUAACAACUGGAAAAAAAACUUAACAAAACCUUUUAACAAAUACUUUCAGAGUAGCUAGAAAACUGCACUGGAAGGAAAUCCUAUUAGUGUAACUAACUGGUACAUGUAAGCCUGCUGCAAAUUAAGUCAUAUACUCCCCAAAACUCACAGCAUUAAAGAAGUCCUAUAAACUUUUGACAUAUUUGGUCAUCAUCAGUACUCAUUCUUUUUUUACUAGUUUCUUUAAAUUGAUGCUUUAGAGUGAGGAAGGCAGAGAGAAGUAGAGGGAAACAUCGAUGUGAGAGAGAAACAUCGAUGGGUUGUCUUGCCAUGUUCCCUGACCCGUAAUGUGCCCUGACAGGUAUUGAAUGAAUAGGCCCUACACACAUAUGUAUUCUUUUUUAAUUUUCAAUUGCACUUGAGAUUCACUAUUAUUUGCCAUAUAUUUUUACAUAGGUACUGUUCACUGUAGAGGCCCCCUGUGUAUUAUUUUCAUGUUUUGUGUGUGUGUGUGUGUGUUGCUUUUGGCUGCAAAUUGUGCUAUGAAGUUCAUAUUAAGAAGAGAAUAUUUUAGGUUUUUUUUCUCAUCUUUACCCUGCCAGCCAAGAAUAUCCUCAAAACAGCCAGCCUCUGCUUUACUUCCAUUGAUGUUGGGUGUAAGCUUUAUAGUUGUUCACAAUUCAACAUUAAAGAUCCAGCAUAGGAUGGCUUUUCCUGCAAGCCCAUAGGUGUCCACCGGGCAACAAAUGCAGACUGCCAUGGUUGAGGCUGUUUUCUGAAGGGUACGCAAUGUUCUCUAGAUUGCAUGUGCAUGAGGUCUACUUUGACUAGAAAUCAUCUUGUCCUUUUGGUUCUACUACUGACUGUGAUUCAGAUGCCACUGUGACUGCGGCAGUGGUGCAGUGCCAAAGAGCCCCAUGACAGUUUGUUCUUGUACCACCCUCUGCAGUGAGGGCUCUGACCUAGUCCUCCCAUGUGAGAAUCGGCACUUUCCUCAUUGCAGGCAGACUCUGGAUGUGUGGUGUCACUCAGAGCUGAGCCUAAUCUCUCAACGUUUUCAGUUAUCUUGGGUUGUAUGUGAUUAAAAUUAUGGCAUUUUUCCUAAUAAAUGCAUUUUUUAAAGUAAUUUUUUUAUUGAUUUCAGAGAGGGAGAGAGAGGGAGAGAGAGAUAGAAACAUCAAUGAUAAGAAUCAUUCAUCAGCUACCUCCCGUACGCUCUCUACUGGGGAUUGAGCCUGGAACAGUGCAUGUGCCCUUGACCAGAAUCAACCCGGGAUCUUUUGGUUCGCAGGCUUACGCUCUAUCCACUGAGCCCAACCAUCUAGGACAAUGCUUAUGUAAUUUUUAAUGAAAUAUUAACUGUUUCCCAACCGCUCAUAUGCUAAGAAUUGUUAUGGUGUUUUGUUAUUUCCUGAUGAUGUAUUUAAUUAUCCCAUAGUAAUUAUGUAUUUUCAGAUCAAUUUGUCAUUUUUUCCAUUUAAUCAUUAUACACUCUGAGUCACAAGUGUCAUGUGUGUACAAUUAAGACAUGGUUUCCUCAGGGAAAUUAUAUUUUUUCUUAUCUGUAUACUUAUAAUGUUUGGACCAGACUAAUUUCUUAUUCGUUCAAAGUAUUAAAAACUUCAGUCAUGUAUUUUUAGUUCCUGGAGCUAAAGACCAACAAAAUCACAUCUGCAGUAACAGAGAAAUGUGAUGGAAUAAAUUAAAAUAAGCAUGAUCAGAAACCAUAAACGCCUGAGAUGUAACAGUAACAGCAGCCUUUAAAGGAUUUCUUAUUAUAUUUUGCCUUGUGAUAGACAAUUUGAUUUCCCUUCAAGGAAGCAAUACAUAUUUCUGCAUUGAAUUCUGUGAGGAAAUGAACUUCAUUCUAUCUUGCAUAAUGAUAAUGAUUUUUCUUUAGAAGGCAGAAAAAAUCAUGCUAAAUCAAAACUGUAAGAAGCACAAAUCAUAUUAGUGAGAAAAGCAAUAUUCGUUAUUUUUAUUCCUUUGAAACCUGUUCUCCUUGAUCACAUGUGCAGACAUGAAUGCCUUUGCUUUUGUCUUGAGUCAUUGUGGUCAUGGAGUAGCUCUGUGUGAUGAUGGACGUUUGACAUUUUCUUUUUCCACAGGGAGUAUAAGGCCAGCAACCAGUUGUCGAAUAGCGUUUGCCUUUCUUGUUACCUAAAUACUGAAAUAUUUAAUUUGCUGUAUUGGGCACAUUUCCAAAAAGUACCUCAGUUAAGUAUCUAUAUUACAUAUAUAUUAAUUUAAAAUCACGUACUUCCUAACAAGAUAUGUAACUUGUUAACUCCUUUAUGGGUCAACUGAGGUUUAUAAAUUUGGGAAUAUUGUUAAAGAACACAAACCUAGCAAGAAAACAAAGUUAGGAUCUCUCUUCCAAGAAGCCGUUCUUGCUGACAAAAAUUUGACUUUCCCCCCCAACCUUUUAAAAAAAGUUGAUUUGAGAGAGAAAGAAAGAAGCAUCAAUCUGUUGUUCCAGUUAUUUAUGCAAUCAUUGGUUGAUUCUUGUGUGUGACCUGUGAAUGAACCCACAAUCUUGGCAUACUGGGACAAUGUUCUAAUCAACUGAGUUGACUGGCCAAGGAGAAAGUAUGAUCAUGAUGAUAAUGUCAACAUCCUGCACAUGCCAGGCAAUUGACAUGGAAAACAUGUCCAAUUUAGCACACCUGUCCAAGUCAUGAUAUACAGGCAUGAAAGAAAAAAGUUCUUGCAUUGCUGGUGCUCAUGUUUUUGUGGGAAAGGAAAUAACCUUCUAAACUAAUAAAAGGGUAAUAUGCUAAUUAGACCAGGAGACCUUCAGGACAAAGCCAUGGUGGCAGGGUCAAGGCAGAGGCGGUUAGGGAGCUCAGGCCAGGAGGGAGGCAUUGGGAGUG